AUGGCCCAUCCCUCACAACUAGGAUUUCAAGAUGCAGCUUCACCUGUUAUAGAAGAACUUCUUCAUUUUCACGACCACGCCCUGAUAAUCGUAUUCCUUAUCAGCACUCUAGUACUUUACAUUAUUGUGGCGAUAGUUUCCACCAAACUAACUAACAAGUACAUUCUAGAUUCUCAGGAAAUUGAGAUUAUUUGAACAGUAUUGCCUGCAAUUAUUCUUAUUUUAAUUGCCCUCCCCUCUCUUCGCAUUCUUUAUCUCAUAGACGAAAUUAAUGACCCCCACCUAACAAUUAAAGCCCUGGGCCAUCAAUGAUACUGAAGUUACGAGUACACAGACUAUGAAGACCUAGGAUUUGAUUCAUAUAUAAUCCCAACCCAAGAUCUCACCCCCGGCCAAUUUCGUCUUCUAGAGGCUGACCACCGUAUAGUAAUCCCGGUAGAAUCCCCGAUUCGUGUUUUAGUCUCCGCCGAAGACGUCCUUCACUCAUGAGCAGUGCCCGCCCUAGGGGUAAAAAUAGACGCAGUCCCAGGCCGCCUAAACCAAACAGCCUUUAUUGCAUCCCGGCCGGGAGUUUUCUACGGACAGUGCUCCGAAAUUUGCGGUGCCAACCAUAGCUUUAUGCCUAUCGUAGUGGAGGCAGUUCCUCUAGAACACUUUGAAAACUGGUCCUCUCUAAUACUUGAAGACGCCU